AUGGCGGCGCUGUUGCUGCGCGUGCUCGUCGUCCUCCCCGCAUUCUUUAGCGUCGUUGCCGGCUCGGCGGCGUCCUGCAACACUUCGGAGCUCCUCUCUGCGCUGCAGCCGCUGCGAUCCAGCGCCAACUACUCCAUGUGCCAGGUGGACGCCAACGCCGCCGCCAUCUGCGUCAGCUCGGCCUGCAAGUCCCUCAUGGCACCGCUCGCAGGGCUCAACCUUCCCGUCUGCCAGCUCGCGCUCAAGGGCAUCGAGUUCAACACGGCCGCACUCCGCUCGCUCUCGUCCGCCUCCUGCCAGCAGCAGCAGCAGUUCCAGCAAGACGCAUCCGCCGCCAACAUGUUGUGGACCAUUCUCCGCCUCAUGCGCUGA